AGCGCCUAGACGAAGCGACGCGGUCGCGAGUCUCGGGGGCUCUGGGGUGGGUCGCCAUGGUUUCACGGGUGCAGCUUCCCCCAGAGAUCCAGCUGGCGCAGCGCCUGGCAGGGAACGAGCAGGUGAUCCGGGAUCGGGCGGUGAGGAAGCUCCGGAAAUACAUCGUCGCCAGGACUCAGCGGCCUGCAGGUGGUUUUACUCAUGACGAGCUGCUGAAGGUAUGGAAAGGACUGUUUUAUUGCAUGUGGAUGCAGGACAAGCCGCUCCUCCAGGAGGAACUGGGAAGGACCAUUUCGCAGCUCAUCCAUGCCUUUCAGACCGCAGAGGCCCAGCACCUGUUCCUUCAGACCUUCUGGCAGACCAUGAAUCGUGAGUGGACGGGCAUUGACAGACUGCGCCUGGACAAGUUCUACAUGCUCAUGCGGCUCGUCCUGAAGGAGUCCUUCACGGCCCUGAGAAUGCGGGGAUGGGAAGAAAGACAGAUUGGGCAGCUGUUGGAGCUGCUGACCACUGAGAUCCUGCACCCCGACAGCCAGGCCCCCAAUGGGGUGAAGAGCCACUUCAUUGAGAUCUUCCUGGAGGAGCUGGCCAAAGUGGGCGCUGCCGAGCUGACAGCAGACCAGAACCUCAAGUUCAUCGAUCCCUUCUGCAGAAUCGCUGCCCAGACUAAGGACUCCAUGGUUUUGCAUAACAUCACUCGAGGCAUCUUUGAAACGAUCGUGGAGCAGGCCCCGUUUGCCAUUGAAGACCUAAUGGGUGAAAUGGAGGAGGAGGAGGAGGAGAUGUCAGAGGGUGAAGAGCAGGAAGAGGACAUGCCGUCCAAGAAGCUGUUUGAGAAGCCACGUAGAGGUGGGACGGACCCGGACAUGGGCAAGGAGCGGGCUGGGGACAACGAGGACAGCGCUGGCACCGUCCUUCAGUUUGACUAUGAGGCCGUUGCCAACAGACUGUUUGAAAUGGCCAGUCAGCAGAACACCCCUUCUCAGAACAGGAAGCGUCUCUACAAAGUGAUCAGGAAGUUGCAGGACCUCGCUGAAGGCAUCUUCCCUGAGGAUGACAUCCCAGAAGAGGCCUACAGGAAACUGCUGGAAGGGAGAGGGGGGAGGAAGGCAAGGAAGCGUUUGCUCAAAUCCCGGCUGCAGAACAAGACAGGGAGAGGUGAACAGGACGACCCCAGGGCAGACCCAAGUCCCAGGUCAGAGAGGAAGAGGCAGCGGCAGGGUGCAGGGGCUGACUCCGCGGCACCCCAGGAGCGGCGUGGGGGCCGUGGCCGGAGAGGGGCGUACAAGAGGCAGCAACGGCCUCAGGCAGGGGCCACAGCGAAGGUGCCCAGCUGCCAGGAGCCAGACACAAAAAAGAAGAUGCGGAAGAGCAAGAAGUGAUACCCCCCAGGCCCAGCCUGGGCAGGACAGGCCCAGCCUGGGCAGGACAGUGCUGUCUCCUUGGUCCCUCCCAGUCUGCACCACGUUGAAUGAGUGGACAGGUCCAGUGGCCAUGUUCCCGAGACUGGACAGUCAGAAGGUCAGCACCGAUGAGGUUGGCUGCCCCUCGGUGCCACGCCCUAGAGAGCGCCGCUCCGGGCUGACCCUGGGGAGGUGGGAGCCCCGAGCCUGGGAGCUCCUCGCACACAACCCUCUCUGGCAAGGCUGGGGACUGGCCACAGGGUGGGACAGCUGUAAAUAAAAU